AUGACAACACCCCCGUGUCCCCUCCUGGCUCAGGCUGUCAGGCAGCGCUCUGUCCAUGGCCUCUCCCAGAUAACCAGCAGUCUAUACAUCAGCAAUGGGGUGGCAGCCAACAAUGAACUCAUGCUGUCUACCAACCACAUCACGACAGUCAUCAACGUGUCGGCAGAGGUGGCCAACACGUUCUUCAAAGACAUCCAGUGCGUACACGUGCCGGUGGUAGAUGCUCCCACCUCGCACCUCUACGACUUUUUUGACCCUAUGGCAGAUCACAUCCACAGCGUGGACAUGAAGCAGGGCCGAACGCUGCUGCACUGCGCCGCCGGGGUGAGCCGCUCUGCCGCUCUCUGCCUCGCGUGCCUCAUGAAGUACCACUCCAUGUCGCUGCUGGACGCCUACACGUGGACCAAGUCAUGCCGCCCCAUCAUCCGGCCCAACAUCGGCUUUUGGGAACAGCUUAUCCAUUAUGAAUUCAAGCUGUUUAGUAAGAACACCGCUCACAUGAUCAGUUCUGCGGUGGGUAUGAUUCCGGACAUCUACGAGAAAGAGGUCUGUCUGAUGAUGCCGAUGUGA